AUAAACAACAGUAUCGACAUUUUUAAUGUCGCUUUCGUAUUCGUAGAAGUAAAAAUAGAGUCAUUAUGCAAAGUAUGUUUUCAUAGGACACUUCCUUGGAAGAGAUCAACUCCUCUACCCCCCCCCCGAGAUGGAGCUUGCUGCUGCUGACAAGCUCAAAUACGAAGAGAAAGGGACAUUGGGCAUCACUUCGGGUGAAGAUGUGGACGAGAGUCGUUGGGACUGUUUCUUCUACGAACUGGAUGAUCCCUGCUUUCGUGGAGAAGCAGCAUUCUUGAAGUGCAUCGCAUUCGAUUUUGAAGAAGAGUUCGAUUUUGAGAAACAAAUGGAUGCUGAAGAUGUGGACGAUGCCGAAAGCAAGAACGAGGCUUCAGCGGUGGUCCUCGCAAAUCAGAAUAAUUAAAGUGGCUGAAGUUAAAAAUGAACAGACGAAAAAGAAUUAUGCGAAUUGCGAAAGACGAUGACAUGAAAACAACUGACGCAGAAGCUGAGUCAUUCGAAGCCAGUUGUCCGUGCUGCUCAUCUGACGGACAAGGACGCACUCUUUAUUCUUUUCCGGACCGGAUGUUCCGAAUUCUAAUAAGUAGCGCCUCCAUUUUCUUUCACAAUUCACAUCUAGUUGUCAACGCGUUAUCUCUUCAUCUACAUGCAUCGAGUUUUUUGUUAAAACUACUGCUCCAAGAAAGUUGCACUUACUUACACCACCCUUUCUUUCUACACACGACCUCCCAACCAGAAUUUUCAUUUUCUUGGACAGAAAAUGGCUUAGACUUCGAUGGAUGAGAAAGGCGGAUUAGGAUCAGUGAGACAGACGGAUAUUAUACAGUGAGGCAGACAGACGUAAGAAGAGAGUGACCGCUUAAAAAUAGGCUUCUGGUGGGCGACCAGGUUCUGCCAGGGCACAGACGUUGAACUUGAUUCCACAAAGACAUCAGGAAAGGGAAGAAGAGGGGAGUAGUCAAGCAUACAGAUAGCAGAGAACACAGAUAGCAGACAAAGACGACUGUACUUAAUCAAGAGAUCGAG